AUCAGAUUUGAACCUCAAUGGCGUAAAUGCAUUCCCCCUCUUCUCUCUCCUAAGCAAAUUUCAGAAAAAUGCAGAAAAAAACCUCCUUUACCAACGAAAAUCCUAAGUCAACAAUCAGAAAAUCAUCGAGGCUUGUUCAACGGAAGAUUUCUCCAAAUCAAGAACCCGAACUUACUAACAGUCAGGUGUGUACUUCUUUAUCCAAGAAACGCCGUCUUAUUUCUUCCUCUACUCCUAGUUCAGUCAGUACUAAAGUUAAUUUCAAGAAAACCCAGAAAAAAAUAAACCCUAGAAAUGAUUCAGUAAAAUUAGUUGAUGGUUCACCAAAUUCUGAUAAUGGGUUUAGAAACUCAUCCAGAAAUAUUGAUGGGGUCCAGGAAUUUCAGAGUUAUAGACGAUCUCUUAGGUUUACAGGUGAAGAGGUCUCUGUGGUGGAUAAUAAGAAGAGGGGUUUGGGGGAAAUUGAAAUUAGGUCUGGGGUUUUAGGGGAAACCGAAGUGGUUGUCAACUCGAUGGAGGAAGGAGUAGAGAAGGAGAAGGGAAAUGAUAAUGGGGGUGUUGGAGAAACUCCGCAAAAGAGGAAAUGUGUUAGGGGUGGUAAGGAAAACUUUGAUUCUCCCAAAGUCCAAAAGCGAAAUAAUGGAACUUGUUUAAGGUCUCCAUUUAGUUCGUUAGAGAACAUUUAUGGAAAGACAAGUGACGAAGAGAGUGAUGAGAAGAAAUUAGUCAAGUCUGCGAAAUCGAGGACUGAAAGGGUUGAUAAGGUUGAGGAAUUUCAAAGUAUCAGACGGUCCUCCAGGAUUUCCAAUGUGGAAAGUAAGAGUUCUGAAAAGGUAGAGAAGAAAUCUGUUAAGUCUGCCAGGGUUGAUGAGGUUGAGAAAGUUCUAGGCAACAGACGGUCAUCAAGGAUCUCUAGUUUGGAUGUAUUUGAUGAGAGUUCUGAGAAGAUAGGUAAGAGAAUGGUUAAGUCUGCGAGGACGGAAAGGGUUGAUAAGGUAGAAAAAGUUCAAGGUAGCAGACAAUCGACAAGGAUUUCUAGUUUGGAUAUUGUGCAUGUUUAUGCUUCAAAUGAAUCUUCGGGUAGUGAAGUAUCCCCAGCUGUGGUGUCGAAUGUGGCGUCCGAGGAGAAGGUAGAGAGAAAAUUAGUUAAAUCUGUGAAAUCGAAGACUGAAAGGGUUGAAGAAGUUCAAGGUAUGAGACGAUCGUCGAGGAUUACUAAUUUGGGAAGUACCCAUGUGCAUGUUUCGAAUGAAUGUUCAGAUACCGAUGUUUCCCCAGGUGGGAUGCGGAAUGUGGACAGCAAAGAGAAGAGAAUUGUGGAGGAUGGCAGAGUCAAUGAGAAGAAUCCUCCUGCCGAGGGAAAAUUUGAUGUACAUGGGUGGACGAAAGAUCAAACUGCGGCCUUGGAGAGAGCUUAUUUUGCUGCAAAGCCCUCAACAAAUUUCUGGAAGAAGGUUUCGAAAAUGGUGCCUGGAAAGACUGCUCAGGAUUGCUUUAAUAAAAUUCACUCUGACCUGGUUACUCCACCUCAAGUCCAGCCUCGUUCGAGGGCAAAGAAAGCAAUCUCAUCUCCCUUGAGUCAUUUCUCACUAUCUGGAAGUAAGCUUCUUGAACCAACUUUGAAUGUUAGGUGGCCAAAGGGCAACAAACAGAAAAAGCUUCGUGCUCAGAAAACCUUAAGGCAUUUAGUACAGAAACGUUCUAUGGUGGACCAAGGUUACGAAGCAGAUUUAUUCUCAGUUCUUGAACCCAUUACGAAUGCACCUAGUCAAGAUUUAUCGCAAACUGAAUUACUCUCAACCCCUGAAAGCAAAUCUAAUAAAAAGGGCUAUAUUCAAGAGUGCCAUGAGAAUUCAUCUGUUCAGAAGAAGAAGCCCUUGUCCAGAUUUAGAAACUCAUGUGAAACAGCUCUUGUCAGUCCCCCAGUUUUGAAGCAGGUAAAAAACAGGGCAUUGCACGAAAAGUAUAUCGAUCGGUUACACUGUAGAGGCGCUAGGAGAACAGCAGGGCCUACAAAGUGCAAAGUUGCCAAAGAAGAUAGGAAGGAAAGCACUGCAAAGAAAAUCGAUGACAUAACUGUUGCAAGGAAUGCACUAUUUUUUGAAGCAAACGAUAUGAUUAGCAAAUUUAAAGAGGCACAAGCUAACGUUGUGAGUGAUAAUGACGAUUCCCAGGACGAUGGUGACUGUGAUGGUGAAGAUGAUGAAGAUUGCGAACGUGAGGAUGUUUUUAGUGUAGCGUUUUGAUCCAUCCUUUUGUAGCAAAGCCAAUUGUGAAUUUCUGAUUCAUCAAUUCAUAGCAGAGGCUUGUGACGUAGGAAUUUCACAUUUGUGUGAAGGAGGAAACGAGGAGGAUUCAUUUUGUCUUCUUGAAUUACAUUAGCUAUUUGGGGUUUUAGCUUUUGACACUUAAAUAGGUACUGCAGUAUGCUAGCAACUCAUUUCUCGGAAAUAGUAGUUGAUGUUGACAACGAUGUAAAUAUAUUGAAUUCAGUAAGAUAAAUGAAAACUCUGUUGUUUCCCA